AUCAUUCUGUGUUAGAAACAUUUCCAGUCAUUUGCUUUUGUCGGGUAAUUUUUUUUUUUAUAGAACCGAGAUUAACACAAUUUCUAUAAUCAGCAACCAAGUACUAUGUCCAUGCGCCGAGCAAGUCACGCAGGAACCUGGUAUUCUGAUAAUGGUACAGUAAAAGCGCUUAGAACAAAAUGUUUUCUAUCUGAAAGCAAACUUUAAAUAUUUGCUAUCGCGAAAAAAUACCGGUGUUUUAAAAAUUACUUACAUCUAUUGUUACUCCCGGCAAUUCUAGCCCGAACACUUAAUCAGAAGUUAGAGGAAUGGUUAUCUAAAGCUCACCCUUCGUGUCGACCAGCCAAAGCUAUCAUAGCACCGUAAGUAAAAUUAGAUAUUUCUGAAGUUCUUCGAAAAUUAAAUAGAUAAUUGAAGAACGACCCUUUGUGAAUUAAGUGAUGUUUUCUUUCUUUCAUGAAGACAUGCGGGUUAUCAGUACUGUGGAUCUUGUGGAGCUCAUGCCUACAGACAGAUCGAUCCAAGUAAAAUGUAAGUAUAUGGUGCCGUGUCCCUCGCGCUUUUCAAAGGUGUUAAGUAGGGGAAAAAUUAUUUGAACAGAACUCGCAUGACUAUUCAUGUUUGCCCCCGAUAUCAACGGGAAACAACAAUAUAAGCUUCAAUAGAUUUCUGUUUUCAGGUGCCAUCCACAGACUUUUGGUGGUUCAUUCAGUUAAGAGGCUAAGCGAGGUUGUUGAAUUUUUGGUUCAUGAAAUCUCUUUUCUCUUUUCUUUUUUCCUCAUUAUUUGCAUUAAGUUCUCCUAACUGAUUUGCAUACAAGUAUUUUUGGGCAGCUUUGAGAAUUUGAAAAUUGAUAACUCGCUAAUACACACUGUAUUCUGAAAUAGUAAACUUAUUUUGUGUGUUUUGGACUUUUAAGUGUGAAAAUGUCUUGCUUUAAUGUGUUAUGAGAAAUUGGGUUUUGGUCAGAAGAGGGAGCUGGCAGCUGUGUUGCUGUUAUGAAAUUAAUUGAAGGGCCUUUUGCAAUAGGGAAAUCUCAUUGUGCCAAAUUCAGAGCAAAAAAUGUAAAGCAGUUUGCAGUUCAUUAAAAGUAUACAAGGUUUUCUUAUCAUCCAUACAGUUACUAAGUAAAUAAUUUUAAAUUUGUAGGUAACAAUUGUAUAAGCAUUAAUAAUUUACCCACUGGUUCAACUUUGUCUUUGUCAACUGGCUAAGGAAAAAAAUGAAACUGUACCCAUUAAGAGUUAAUUGUAAAUAUUUAAGCCAGGCCAUGUUACAACCUACAAUUUUAUCAGAUUUAUAUAACUUCUCAUGUACAUGAAGAAGCCUUUUUAAAAAUUUUUAUCGUAAACCAUGGAAGAGUAAACUUCCUUUCUGACUGCUUGUGUUCUAUUUAAUUAAUUGUUUUAUGUUUGUGGUUAAUUCUGUCUGUCAUUCCACCUGCUAUUAAAUGGCCAAUUUGAUUUCACUAUUUUUUUAAGUAACAUGUACAACUCUCUAGGGCUUCAAGUGAAACUUGUCUAAAUUGAUAUUUUGAUGACUGUAAAUAUUUAAAGGGAAAGUAUUCUAGAUCAAUUUUUUGAUCUUCUAAGAAGUUUUUGUUUUAUAGAACAAAGGAUAGACUUUAAUUUUGGAGAGGGGGUUUAUCAGUGGUACUAUAAUGUGGAGGGAAAAAAUAUUACUUAGAAUGUCAUUUGUUAGAGCAUGGAAUAGGUAUGUUAUAUCUUAUUGGCAAUCCAUGGACCUGAGAAGCUGCUCAUGUGAAAUAAACUUACAUAAUUAACCCUUUAAUUCCCAUAAGUGACCAAGACAGAAUUUCUCCUUACAAUAUCAAUAAAAUAUCAAACAGAUAAUUGAUAAGAAUAAAGAAAAAUAUCAAUUUAGAGAUAAUAAGUUGAUCCAAUGCUAAAUUCUCUGAACUAACCUUAUAAGAAUUAUAUGGUUGACAGUAAGGAGAAUUAUAAAGUUGAUCCGGGAGUUAAAAGGUUAACCCUUUAACUCCCAGAGGAGAUUAACAUGAAAAUUAUCUGACUGUAAACAGUAUCCAGCAAACAGGUUAUGAGAAUACUCAAACAUAUCAGGUAGAAGUUGAUAUCUUGAUCUAACACUUAAUUGUUAUAAAAAAAAAUUACAAGGAAAUGUGUUGAGCUAGAAGGGAGAAUCAAAAAUCAAAUCUUGGUAGUUGGAGGGUUAAUUUAACCCUUUAACUCCCAGAUCAAAUUUGUAAUUCUUUUUAGUGUCAACCAUACAAUUCUUAUAAUGUUAGUUCAGAGAAUUCAGUAUUGGAUCUACUAAUUAUCCCCAAACUAAUAUUUUUCUUUAUUCUCAUCACUUACCUGGUUGAUAUUGUAUUGAUCUUGUAAGGAGAAAUUCUGUCUUGGUCACUUGUGGGAGUUGAAGGGUUUAAAAAAUGAGUGGAAGCUCUCAGGAGGUUCCCUCUAAAUUCCAAGAAGGUGUCCAUAACUGGAAUUGGCUUUUUAGUUGUUUGGUGUUUUGAUGGCCUGAAAUUAUUAAGUCAUGACCAGAAAUGUAAUUUUUGUUACUGGAGUAGAUAAUGAAUUUAUACUGAAAUGAAAAAAAGAAAGGAAAAGGACUCUUUGCUGACCACACCUCUUUUCUUUGAAAUGAGCUACAUGGCUGGCAGUAGUUUGCAAUUGGGGAUUCAAGUGACACUGUUAGGCUAAACCCUUUAAGUCUCACCAGUGACCUAGACAGAAUUUCUCCUUACACCAUUAGUAUAAUAUCAAGCAGGCAAUUAAUGAGAAUAUAGAAAAAGAUCAAUAAGGGGAUUAUUGGUUGAUCCAGUUCCAAAUUCUCCAAAUUAACAUUACAUGAACCGUAAGACAGACAGUAAGGAGAAUUACUGAUGAAAUCAUGGGAGUGAAAGGGUUAAUACUCACACAAUCAAGAAGAAAAAGUAUUAUUUUUUUAACUGUAAGGAAGCUAUGAAUGCUGUGAUAUGUAAACGCUCCCCUUGCUUUAAUCAGAACAUAACAGCGUGCCACAUGACUAGGAAACUCAGGUUACCAUAUUGUGGUUGUCAAAAUUGUCCUUUGCUGAGCACAGAAACCAAUUUGAAAACAGGUUGCAGCAGCUUGGAGUAGUAACUAAAGCUGUAUACUUUUGUGAGCUUGUUUAGUGGAGUGGUGUUUGAAAUUUAACCAGAUUUAUAUGACUACAAAAUAAACAUCAAAGUACUAAACUGGAGAAAGCACUAACAUUCUCCUCCCUCUCCCCCUCAUAUUGGGAUUCAGACUCAUUAUUUUAUGCCAUGAGCAAUGGUUUGCUACAAGUGGAAAGAAGUAACAGCUAAAGAUUAAACUUUUUGAGGUCUUUUCCCUUUUUAAUAUUUUCUUGGUAUGUUUUAUAGAAAGAGGAUAUUUAUCCUGGGUCCAUCUCAUCAUAUGUACCUGCCUGGCUGUGCAGUAACAAGUUUAUCACAGUAUGAAACUCCAUUGUACAAUCUUUCAAUUGACACAGAGGGUAAGAGCAGUUUUCUUUGAAAUAUCACUUUUGAGAAACUGUUUUAAUUCAUCUACCAGCUUUAUUAAUUUAUGUGUCUUCAGUUAUAGUUAAUUAGCACAAUUUAAGCAAAAGCCAAGGUUUCCAUGGCAACAGAGUGAAUUGAACAAAUCAAGAGUGGUUAAAGCCUCUGCUAUGACAAAUGAUGUUGUCGAUAAGAGUACAGACCACACAAAACCACCGUUGAUUUGUUUUUUAACAACAAUAUUAAUUUUAAAGCUGAUUCUUUUAGUGCGUGACCAUUGCAUGAAACAUUGAUGCCUGCAGUGUGGUUUGUAUAUAUUUUGAUCAACAAUGUCAAAUUGGCCAAUGUGAUUAGGACAUAACUGCCAAUUGUGGUAAAAAUCAAUGUUUUAAAUUUCUUUUUCAGUAAAUAGAGAACUAUUGGCAACAGGAGAGUUUGAGAAGCUUAGUCAAGCUGAUGAUGAAAGAGAACACAGUAUCGAGCUUCAUUUGCCUUAUAUUGCCAAAGUUAUGGAGAGGUGUGAACAUCAAGAAAAUUAUUACACUCUACCAAUUGCAUCUUUUGUUCAAAGUUCUAAGGCCUAUUAUCAGGGUGGUGAUCCUUCAUAGUGGCUGCAAUGUGAUUUGUUUUAAUUUAGCUUCGUGAAUUUGAUUUGACAUCAACUCAACACCCAACAGCUGAUUGCAUAAAUACAUAAAAGCCUCCAUUUGGCACAAAAAUAUACUUGGAUAUUUGUCCACAGAAAUAAUCUGGUCUGAGAAGCUUGCUCUCAGAAAACUUUUCCCUUCUCAGAGCAAAUCAUGUUUGCAGACAAAUACUCAGGCAUAUUUUGGUGCCAAAUGGAGGCUACUGUGGUUAUUAUUGUGAUUAUUAUUAUCCUCUAAACAUUUUGCAGUGUGUAGACAAAAUGUUUACAAACAACGUACUAUUUACUGUACAAUGACAUUUCCUUUUUAGUGUUCCUUGGUACAAUUUUAUAAACAUAGAAAUAUAUCAUAUUGGCUUGAAAACUGGGUAAUAUUACUGGAUACUUUCCAGUUUAGAUGGGAAGUUUUUGGUUGCAUGACACAUUUAGACCAAUCACAUGCGAGCAAAAAUAUUUGAUGGAAUGGAUUAUAAGUAUGUAUAUUCACAUUAUCUGUUUGCUACAAGAGUGCAUCUCAAUUGGGUGUCAUAAAACCAAAUGCAAAGUUAUCACUGCCACUAGCCAAUCAGAGCAAAGUAAAACAUAACAAUGUGCUGAAAUAAAUUCUCAAUAAAACCAAGAAAAUUGCUCAUAGCGUGGAAAAUGUAAGUAGCCAAGUGGCAAUCAUUUUUAGAUUUGAAUCUGAUUAUUCCAGAAAGCAGGACAACUUUUCGAGAUCAAUCACAUUGCAAAAUUAAGCAAAAAUAAAGGAAUCAGAGGUUACUUUUGAUGGUGAAUUGAAAAUUUCUUUGAUAUAUGGGGAUUAUGAGGAAAAUCACUUUUUAAAAUAUCUUGAGAAGUUAAAUGGUUUUAAGAAUAUUGUUCUUUUGCUGACAGUAAGAAGGACCAAUUUAAGAUUGUUCCAAUUGUGGUUGGUUCAUUAUCAACAAGGAGUGAAGUCACAUAUGGCCGGCUUCUUAGCAAGUAUCUGGUCAGACCAGAGAAUUUGUUUAUCAUCUCUUCAGACUUCUGUCACUGGGGUUAGUACACUGAAAAUAAUUUUUCAAAUGUUAAUAAAAAUCAGUGAUUAAGAGUUGUCCAUAAAGCAUCACAUACAAUACUUUAAUGUGUUGAUAAGAAUUCUUAUGAAAAGCUAAGUGAAUGAUGAUUCAGGAAAAAGAAAACAUACACAAAUGUGCUGACUGAAUCUAACUUGAAAUUUAACCCUUUAACUCCAAAGAUCUGAUUAUUAAUUCUCCCCUCUAGCUGCUACACUUAUCCUUGUAAAUUAGGCACAAGAAUUUGGUUUUAGAUCAGGACAACAACUUUGACUUAGCAAGUUUAAGUAUUCUUAGUACCUGUUUGGUGGAUAACAUAUGGAUGUUAUAUAGAGAGGUUACUUGUUGAUCACUUCUGGAAGUUAAAAGGUGAAGGAAAAAAGUCUAGAAUACUUCUGCAGUAAAUUGUUGAUAUCCUCACCAUAAAGAAGAUGUGUGCUUUCCAUAAAUUGAUCAUGAACUUGAGAUCAAGAAAAUCAUCAAAUAAGAAUUUACAACAUUUUGGAAGAUUCUUUGUAGUUAAAGUGGCCAGUAAUACUUAACAUUAAUUUCCCAGUCUGGCUGAGCAAGCUGUAACAAAUUUGCACAGUCUAUGUGUGGUUUGGGGAAUGACAGUAAUAGUUAUAAUGAUGAUAAUAAUGAUAAUAACCAAAACAAUUGAAAGCUGGGAUUAUUACCUUCCCAAGUUAGCCUGAAGGAGUUAAACUGGUAAGAGUGAUCUUUCAAGACAGUAAUGGCAACUGACUGUAGGAUACCCUUGGCCAUGUACAGUGUACAUGACUUUUUAAUGCUUUUUUUCUUUCAGGAUCUCGAUUUAGUUACACAGUUUAUGACAAAAGUUGUGGUCCCAUUUAUAAAUCUAUUGAAGCUCUAGAUAGAAAGGUAAUCUACGACUUAAAUGUAAAGAUCACAAUAUCACAAUUUUUUAUAUGGAAUUAUCAUUAUCAUUAACUAGAUGCCUUGUCUACUGAGCUGCAGAAAGUUUGUUGACAAGCUAGGCUGCUCUGCGUGAUUUAUAUGUGACACAUGUGGCAAAUUACCACAUUUCCUCAAAUAAGCACUUAGGUGCUUAUUUAAAAUUUUGUCUAGAGGGGGGGGGGGUAGAAGAAGGGCACUUUAGCACAGUAAAAGGAGCAGUGUUUAUUAAGAAACUUCUCAGCUGUACUGAUCCCACUGAAGUUAAAACUUACAAGGUUUUAAAUAAAGUAGCAGUAGAAGCAGGUUUUUUUCCUUGUAUCCCUGUUAUUAAGAAAGUGAGGGAGAAAGGGGGGAGCAUCUAUUUGGCCUAUGGGGUUGGGUGCUUAUCAGGCAAAGGGCCCUUGUUAGAGAGUGGGUGCUUAAUCAAGGAAAUAUGGUAAUCACUCUUUUUUUCUUAAAGUAAGAGGGAAACAAAAUGUUUGCCUGUCAAUUCAAUGAAAGCACAGAGGUUUUAUUAUUUAUUCUUUCAGACAUUAAGAUAGCUAAGAUUAAUUGCUGUGCAACAUUGUUGUAUUUAAAUCUUAGGGUAUGGAUGCCAUAGAAAAGCUUGACCCUGCCUGUUUUGCAGAAUAUUUGAAGAAUUCCAAAAACACAAUAUGUGGUAGACACCCCAUAGGUGUCCUACUCAAUGUAAGUAUUACAAUAAAACCUCAAGUAUCCAGACCUUGAUUUUCUAGAUUUUUCUUGAUUAUCAGGACUUGUUUCUUUGGUCCCAUAUUGUUUGUGAAUUUUAAUUAAUCACAUUUGAGAUCUGUAACAACUUUUUUCCAUGCACGUGUAGCAAAACUACCAUUGGAACUGAAUUUGUUCCACUUCCAGAAGUGUUUUAGGAAGUGUUAACAUACUUUAGGUGGAAAGACAAACCAAUGUUGACACUAUCCCAUGCAGCUUUGCUAUUCAACUCAGUCCCUAGGGGUCUGGAUGAUUGAGGUUUUGAUUUUGCAAAGCAUUUAGAUUCAAGCUUUUUUAAAUAUCAGCCCCCAGAGCCUCUGGAGAACACUACAUAGCUUGCACCUCCUUUACCCUUAGAUAUGCCCUUAAUAUCUUCCAAAUCAACCCUUACUAAUCCAGAUUAAGAAUCUCUGCUAUUCAGUAAGUUAAGAAAACCUGACAUAAAGCACCACACAAUGCUAAAAUUCCUCUGAAUUGUGAAACAUUUAUAGAUUAUCUUAAAACCAGUGUUGAUAGAUAAUAACUUGAUCUUUGCCUCUUACUCAUUACAGGCAGUAGAGGUCAUGAAACAAAUGAAUGGUGUAACCCAUCCAUGGGCAUUGGAAUUCAUUCACUACUCACAGUCUAAUGCAUGUUUUCGCAUGGAUGAGAGUUCUGUCAGCUACGCUGCUGGUGUGCUGCAUCAAAAAGCACAUUGACAUUAGUGACAAGAGUACAGUGAAAAAUCUAGCUUCUUUGUAAAAUAUUCCUUUUAUUUUUCUUCUUAAUCCAGAAAGCUUUCUCUUUUACAGCAGUUUCUUGCUCAGAACAGGCAAUGAUAUCAGUGUUCAGGACAGGCAAAUAUAUCAGUGUUCAGGAGGAAGAUGUUGUGACAUUCUUUGGUACUCUAAUAAGAGCCCUUUCUUUGCCAAGGCCUGGUCUUGAAAUGUUUUAGCAUCAAACUUUCCCAGCUCUUAUUUCUAUUGUUAAGAGCCCAGGAGUGGGUGAACGAACAAGUAUCUUGUUCACACCAUUAUGUGUAAUAUCUGUUACAAUAGUAACUCAUGUCUGGAGCUUCACAUUUAGCUUCCUGAGUAAAGUAGACUGAAUCCAGUGCUAUCAGGGUUUUACAGUGAUUUUUUGUUGAGUGAGGCACCGCGGAAGUUUGGCAGGCAUGUUUUGAUGUUAAAAUCUUGUUGUUCAUAUGAGUGACUAGCUUGGUUUCCAGUGGCAACCAUGACUUUUUUUGGUGGUCUUCCAAUUUUAAAGAUCGAUGACAAAGGACUUUUGAGAUUCUGUUACCACUCAGAAGGAGAAAGGUUGCCUGUGACAACACCCUUAUUUUAUGGUCAAAACUUUUUCUAUGCCUCAACUGAUAAUUGUAGUACCAACUGUUGGUGCCAAAAUGUCACAUAUUCCAAUUCCUGAACAUGAUUGAGACUGUGAAGAACUGCAUUUGCUGCAUCUCCCAUUUUCAUAUAUAGUUCCUUAAAUAAGCAAAAUUAUUUCUUCUCAGCUUCCUUGUUUAUAUCUUACUGUGCUCUUCUGCUUUGACCAAAUGUUGUAAAAGGUUGUUGAAAAAGUUAAUUGAAAGAAUUGAAAGAGCUAUAGGGAAAAAAGUUAUUUUCUUGACCAUUAUCAAAGAAAUUUUUGCACUACUGACUUCUUGGAAGUCUUAGUAUUUUUGCAACUUUGCUAUACUUGAUUUUUGGUCAUUUUUGGGUACCUAAUAUUUUCCUUGGUUUCCAGAAUACUGCUCAGUUCUUUGUUGUCAAGACAGCAUCCCAUUGGAUUUCACAACUGAUUAUAGUGUAGUGGUUAGAACUGGUUCCUAAUGCGUGAUCUUAUUGAUAUGGCCAACAUUUUUCAAUAAAACCAGCUCUGACGAAGGGAGAACAUUAAAAAUGUCAGCUUUAGAUAAUCUUUACAGUAGCUAAUUUACAUUAUCAAAUCAGUUGACAAAGCCAAAUUAUCUCAUAAUAAGACUGGAUUGAGGAGAUGACUGACACAGGAUAAUAAAUAACUUUCAAGUCAUUCUAGAAAGUACUCUGCGCUAUGCAAUUCACCUCAGGUAAAAGAAGGAAAUAUGUGGUGCACAAUAAUGGCUGAAAAUCAACCUAGAUUUCGCUUAAAGAGAAUUUGUUUGGGUAUUUAUGCACAUGGAAAUAAAGAGCUUCAGAG